GCAGGCAGCAGCAGCAGGAGGGCGCGCGAAGGAGUCGGAGAGGAGAUCUGAGACGGUGGAUCGGCAGUCGCGACUCGCGGCUGCCCGCGGCGAUCGUCUUGCCCUUUGCCCAGCCUUGCCCCCUGACAGCCUUGCCCCCUGACAGCCUUGCCCCCUGACAGCCUCGUGCGCCGCCGGCCCCCAUCGCGUACAAGGCAGCCGUGCCCUUCGCGUCGCUCCGUCUCGCCGUCAUCCCCAGGGCACCGCCCGGCUGGAUUUUCCAUUCUCCGUGCUGCUGCUGCUGCAGCUGUCGAGACGCGAGACGAGGGUUUUUACGAGGGGGGUGGGUGAGUGGACCUCUUACGGAUUGCCCCUGCUGCCCUGCUCUACCCUGCUGCUGUUCGCUGCCCUUGCCCUGCCCUCUCGCUGCCCCUGCCCGGCACCUGCCCGGCGGCCCGGCCUCGGCUCGGAGGAGAAGCAACGCGGAUUCGUCUCGUCUCGUGUGCCCCGGGGCGACUCGCGCUCCCGGGGUCUCAGCGAUGCGCGGCGCUCGGCAGGGAGCGCAGCAGCAGCAGCAGCAUCAUCAGCAGCAGCAUCAUCAGCAGCAUCAACAGCAGCAGCCGCAGCAUCAGCAGCAGCGAGAACAAGUGGAACAGCAGUGGCGACAUCGGGAGCGGCAGCCACACGAACUGCAGAAUCAUCAUCAUAGCCGUCACUAUCAUCAGCAUCAGCAGCAGCAUUAUCAGCAGGAACAGCAACAUAAUCAGCAGCAGGAGGAGCGAAACAAUCAUCGCCAGCAUCAACAGCAGCGGCAGCAGCAGCAGACGAAACAUCAUCAUCAUCAUCAGCAGCAGCAUCAGCAGCAGCAGCAGCAGAGCCAGCGUCAGUAGCGGCCAGGCUCCCGCGUGCAGUACGCGGGGCUCCGGGGGUUGUGAGUCGGCGAGUCUCCACCGCCGCGUGUCUCCCUGGCGCCCUGUGGGUCGGAGUUGAACUCGUCAGCACGGAACCCGAAGCCAUGGCGAGGCUCCUGCAGCUGUGUUCGCGGUUACUCACGCUCUACCUCCAAGUACAGUUAGUGUCGCCCACGCCGUCGCCGGACUUCGGGCGCCACGUGCAGAAGGAGGCGCAGCACACGGACGAGGCGUCGCGGCGGCACGUGCGCACCUACCAACUCUACUCGCGCACCAGCGGCAAGCACGUGCAGGUGCUGGGCCGCAACAUCGAGGCACGCGGAGACGACGGAGACCCGCACGCCAUGCUCCAGGCGGAGACGGACUCGUUUGGUGGGAACAUUCGGCUCCGUGGGGUUGAGACGGGGCACUACAUCUGCAUGAACAAGCGCGGCAAGCUGGUGGGCAAGCUCAACGGGCGCAACCGAGACUGCGUCUUCAUCGAGAUCUACCUGGAGAACAACUACACGGCGCUGCAGAGCGCCAAGCACCGCGAGUGGUACAUGGCCUUCAACCGGCACGGGCGUCCCAAGAACGGCACGCGCACGAUGCGCGGCCAGCAGGAGGUGCACUUCAUCAAGCGGCUGACGCGGGGCCGGUCGCAAGAGCCCGUCACGCCCAUCUUCUGGGUGGUGCGGCCGGGCAGCGGGCCCGGCGGUGGCGGCGGCGGUAACGGUGGCCCGGGGCGAGGCGGUCGCAGGAGUAGGCGCACCCGGCAGUCGAGGCACGGGGCCCAGCGGCGGGGAUGAGGCCUCCAACGCCGCCACACGGCCGCGGGGCCAUGUGGCCACGGGGACGUGAGGCCCGGACGACGUGAAGACCUUGUGCCAACGGGUACCUUGGGCGUCGUGAACGGGGGUCGCGAGGUUUCGGGGGGCCUUGGGACCAGGAGACUCUGAGACCUUGAUGGCCAUGAUUCACUGAGGCCAUGUGACCUUAAUUUCAUGGUGCCUGAGGCCAUCGAAUCAUGGAAGGAUGGAUCUCCAGGGCUGUGGGGCUACAAGGCCAUAGGACCAUAGGGACCUCAGGCGAUUUUGGGCCCUCAGGCUCUACAGCUCUGCGGACUCAAGAUCCUCAAGGAACUCCAGGAGACCAGAACCGGGCCUCCCUGGCCACCCACCUGAAGCCUCGCGUGGCUCGGCUGGACGGUAAGCGGGCGGCCUCUUCCCGCCACUGCUUGUGGGCCCUGCGGGCCGGGGUGACGGACGCGUCAUGACUAAGGGACUGAAGCCACUGUGGACGAGACCGAGGCCUCCGGGCCUUGGCCGUCGAGAAACCACUUUAAAACGGACUCCGCCUUGGUGAGCUCGCGUGCCGUGCGCGCCUCGUUAAUGUUAUUAUUGUCGUUGUCGUUAUUAUAAUAAUGUCGUUAUAUAUUUUUUGCGUUACAAAGCAUCGAUCAACAAACUUGAACGCGCACACGAGGCGAGCCCCCCCCCCCCUUCUGCGGGAGGGGCGAGACGAGGGUGGCCUUGCUGCCCUUGGGUGUGAGGGUGAGUGCGUGCGGGUGAGCGUGCGGGUGAGAGUGCGGGUGAGAGUGAGGGUGAAUGCGUGCGGGUGAGAGUG